AUGGACGGGCAUAUCGUCGAUGUGCACGCACACCUGUAUCCUUCUUCCUUUCCAACUACGCCUAUCGAACAAAUUCUAAUUCGUGCGAAGUCCGCGAACGUAUCUUCAAUUGUCACCGUUCCAGAAAUACUAGAGGAUGCUCAAAGCAUUUUUGAAUUGAAAAAUGAUUUAACAUUAUCAAGCUCACUUAGAGAUAUGAUAGAGCCGUGCGCGGGCUUGCAUCCCGCGCCGCAGGGCGCCAUGAGUUUAGUUAAAGUGGAUCAAGCAGAUAGCAUUAUUCAGUUUAUAAAAGAUAAAUCAUCAGAUUUGGUUGGCAUUGGUGAAGUUGGUUUGGACUUUACUCCACGCAUCCUAAAUAGUGCUAUUGAUGCUUAUCCAGAUUUAAAAUUGAGCGACGAUGAACUUAAAAAUGUGCAGCGUACCAUUUUGGCGCGUCACAUAGAUUUAUCUCUUCAAUUUGAUCUUCCUCUCAACGUUCAUUCUCGUUCUGCAGGACACCAUGCUUUGAAUUGUUUGCGAGAUUAUGGUGCAAGAAAAGUUGUAAUGCACGCAUUUGAUGGUCGAAUACAGUACGCAAACAAAGGUGUUGAAAUGGGGUUCUUUUUCUCGAUGCCACCUUCAAUAGUUCGUUCUCCUCAAAGACAAAAGUUGGCGGCUGCUAUUCCUUUAUCAAAUCUAUUACUUGAAACAGACUCACCAGCUCUUGGACCUGAACAGGGCGUUGACAACGAGCCAGACAGCGUGGUAAUAAGUGCUAAAGAAAUAGCUAGAAUAAAAAAUAUAGAUGUUGCUGAUGUG